AUGGAUGGUGGCUGGAGUGAGUGGAACUCUUGGAGUAACUGUACCAAGCCAGUUGGUGGUAUACAAACAAGAAAGAGAGAAUGCACUGAUCCACAACUAACACAUGGUUGGAGACACUGCGAUGGGACCGUAGCACAGCUGAGAGAAUGUAGCAACAUUUCCAGUUGCCAAGAAGGUAACAUACAAAUUGCAGCCUUUCUGAUUUCAGUGGAUAAAAACUUCUAUUUUGAAAAAAAACUGUGCAAAUUCAGGAAUAAAAGUUAGAAUAACAACAAAUGAAUGGAACUGCUGAGUUUGAACUUUAAUCAUAUAAUCAUCCAGGCAAAAUAUGUGAAAUGCACAAAUCAUUAAAAGUAAGGAGUUCAUUAUAAGUCAGAAAUCCUUCAUGAAUGGACAAACUCAGUCCAUGUAUGGAAUUCACCAUGCUCUUCUUGAAAGAAAUAAAACAAAUCUCCACUAUCAUUAGUACUACAAUAUAGGUAUUUAAUCAUUGGCAUAAGUUUUUACUGAUAUUUGUGGUCGCUCUGUCAGAAGUCUGCACUAUCUGCCCAAUGGCGACUACGAAUUUCGUUGGACUACCCGUAAGCAAUACCUUUUUAGCUAAUCCGGUAAUGCUGACUAUCAUCUAAUGACAAGAAACAUGUUUAAAAAUGCGAGGGCCUCAGUUACUAAAUAACGUUUUGGCAUUGACCUGCUGGUAAAGAAAUUCAUGUUAGCGAAAUAGGAAAUUCUUUCACCAUAAACUGAAAAGAAAUCUUUCAACGAUGCAAGGACAUCUGUUACUAGGUAAUUAUAUGGAGACAUCAUCAGCACAAGAAUUUACCUAUGCUGAAGUAGUUUACGCUGUUUAUUGUUAUCCUUAUUUAUCAAUUUUUUUUUAAUAUUUAAAGAAUUGGCCCUGCGUUUUGAAACAGGGAAGAACCCUUCUGUCGGUACAAUGAAGGUAUUCUCAAACAAGAGCUGGCAAAAGCUUUGUACCGGUGAAUGGGAUGAAGCAGAUGAAAAUUUAACCUGCAUGGCCAUGGGCUACUAUAACAACGGUGUCUAUGCUAAUGACACAUGGUACGCAGAACGUGGCAAUGCUUCCGAGAUGUCCACCCACUACAACUGUACCAUUCCCACCACAUGUCAAAACAACUCGGAAAAGAAACAACAAUUUUGCAAAGGUAAUAGUGAAUUGCACUCAUGUAAUAUCCACAUGAUCUCCAAAGAUGGUAACUUGAUAGAUUUACUUACUCUCCAGAUAUGAAAGCUUUUCCGAGAUUAAUGAUUGUUCAUCUUCGGGUAUCUUUUAGGUUCUAAAAAGGUAUCUAUCGCUAAAAAUCUAGCGGGUUUCUACUUUUUACACCCUUAGACGAUUAUAGUUGAAUUACUGUCGAAAGAAGAACCUAGCUGCGCAGUUAUGCAUUUGGGUUUCAUGAACUUCAUAACCUCUAAACUCUUCACUAAGUUCCUUCAAACUAUUGCAUCCUUCUAAUUUCCUUUUUUCUCUCUCUUUCGUGCAACUAGGGAAUUUCACAAUUUUUCACUCUACUUAUACUUAACUAAACGCCUUUUUCUUGAUUAUUCCGAGAGAAAUGCUUUAAAAAUGACUCUCUAGUUUAAAAUGUAAAUCACACUUUUGUGUUCUCCUAAAGUAAACGUUUCCAGGUAAAGAAAACACGUCUUGAAUGUUCCAAAAUUUUUUAAGAAAAAUCCAGUUUUACAAUUUAAAACACAGUCACGAAGCAAUGUAAAAGAGGUUUGUCGUAAAACAUUUCAGCAAGGAAACUAAAUAAAUGUUGUGAACCACAUUAGACAACGAACGAUGCGGCCAACGUUCGAAUUCUGAAUAAUUUGCAUGCAGAAUUUCCCUUAAAACAAAACACUUAGACUGGUAUGAACUAUUUAUCAAUUCGUGAUUUAUAGGCAUUCUUGAUUCUUGAUAAUUAGUGUUUUCCAUCUUAACGGAUUGAACUUUUUGUAAUUUCAUAAGUUCCUGUUCGCUUGAAUGGCGCAAAUGUGGAGUAUGGAGGAAGAGUGGAAGUGUUUUACGAGGGGAAAUGGGCAAAGAUAUGUAGGAAUGAAUGGGACUUUAAUGAUGUCAAAGUUAUUUGUCGUCAACUUGGCUUUGAAGAGGCUUUGGCGGAAUUCAUUGGGUCAGACGUAAAGGCUGAGGGAAUACCUUCUGCAAUGUCCGAUGUCUCUUGCACCGGAGAAGAGUUUGAACUUGCAUCAUGCAAUCGCAUUGAUGGAAGGUUAAAUAUUCCACUUCAAUGUCAUUUGGAUGACAUGGGUUCUCAAGCGUUGUGUCAACCAAGUAAGCAACUAACUUUUUAG